UAUUAAAAUGUUCGUGCGAGUCUCCUGUUCAAACCAAAACGCCGAACUUUGCUUUCUGAGCUGUGGGAGAGAGAACGAACACACAGCUUCCGCGAAGCUGGUCGCCUACUUCCCAUCAAGGGAAAUGGGCGAAAACAAGAGAAAACGUGGACGAAAGCCCAAAAUCGCAGACGAUGAAAUCGCGGCGGAAGAGGAAUGCAACAGCAAAGCAACCACCUCAAUCACGGCCGGAACGUCUGAUCCCGGUAACACUGACAACUCACGUCGUCGCCCUGGCCGCCCCAGAAAGACCAACCGCAAGGAAAAUUCCCAACUCAAUACUGGGGCUUUACCGGAACGGAGAAGUUCAAGACUCGCCCAGCAGAACGGAGAUUCUGAACCCCCGGGUUUGGUUGUAGAAUCGCCAUUAACGCCUAAGUGGGAUAACGUGGUCAAGGUGGUGCCUUCCAUGGAUGCCGUGGUGAAGGUUUUCUGUGUGCACACCGAGCCAAAUUUCUCGCUGCCGUGGCAGAGGAAAAGGCAGUACAGUUCCAGUAGUAGUGGGUUUGUUAUUGCGGGAAGGAGGGUAUUAACUAACGCGCAUUCCGUGGAGCAUCACACGCAGGUCAAGCUCAAGAAACGUGGUUCUGAUACGAAAUACUUAGCAACAGUGCUGGCAAUCGGAACUGAGUGCGAUAUUGCUAUGUUGACGGUGAGUGAUGAUGAAUUCUGGGAUGGAGUUUCACCUGUGGAGUUUGGAAAUUUACCUGCACUGCAGGAUGCUGUGACUGUUGUGGGCUAUCCAAUUGGAGGUGACACAAUCUCUGUAACUAGUGGUGUUGUGUCACGAAUUGAGAUACUCUCUUAUGUUCAUGGUUCAACUGAACUUCUGGGACUGCAGAUAGAUGCAGCAAUAAACUCUGGAAACUCUGGUGGGCCUGCUUUCAAUGAUAAGGGAAAAUGUGUUGGAAUUGCCUUUCAGUCUCUUAAAAAUGAAGAUGUGGAGAACAUAGGAUAUGUAAUACCUACACCAGUUAUCCUACAUUUUAUUCAUGAUUAUGAAAGGAAUGGAGCAUAUACAGGAUUUCCAAUUCUUGGAGUUGAGUGGCAGAAGAUGGAAAAUCCUGAUCUACGAAUGUCAAUGGGGAUGGAGCCAGAUCAGAAAGGUGUGCGCAUAAGAAGAGUAGAACCCACAGCUGCAGGAUCCCAUGUCUUGAAGCCGUCUGAUGUUAUUCUUAGCUUUGAUGGUGUCAAUAUUGCCAAUGAUGGAACAGUUCCUUUCAGGCAUGGGGAGCGCAUUGGUUUCAGUUACCUUGUUUCUCAAAAAUUCACUGGGGACACUGCUCUUGUAAAGGUUCUCCGUGAUUCAAAGAUGCUUGAAUUUAACGUUAGACUAUCAACACAUAAGCGGCUUAUACCUGCACACAUCAAGGGCAGACCUCCUUCUUACUACAUCAUCGCUGGAUUUGUUUUUACUUCUGUUUCUGUGCCGUAUUUACGUUCUGAGUAUGGAAAGGAUUACGAAUUUGAUGCUCCAGUUAAGCUUCUGGACAAGCAUCUACAUGCAAUGGCGCAAUCUGUUGAUGAACAGUUGGUGGUCGUUUCUCAGGUUCUUGUGGCUGACAUUAAUAUUGGAUACGAGGAUAUUGUUAACACUCAGGUCCUUUCUUUCAAUGAUAAGCCUGUGAAGAAUUUGAAGAGUUUGGCCAUUAUGGUUGAGAGCUGUGAUGAUGAAUAUCUGAAGUUCGAUUUGGAAUAUCAACAGAUAGUGGUGCUAAAGACCAGCACGGCCAAGGCAACGACUUCUGAUAUUCUGACAACACAUUGCAUACCAUCUGCAAUGUCUGAUGAUCUGAAGACUUGAUCAAAAAUUUUGUUGGGGGCCUUUGGAUAUUAUUGCUUGCUGGCUGUGGCCGGAGUGAGCUCAUCUUUUUCGCUGGUCAAACGGAGAGAUAUAAACAUGGAUAUGCGUCCCCCCCCCCCCCAAAAAAAAAAAAAAAAAAAGCACGCGCGCACACAGACACAUUCAUUGGAUGGGGAGGGCAUCAUAAUGCUUUUUGAUGCAUGAAGCCUUGGUCCCAUUGGGAGUUGAGGUGUUAUGUAUUUGUAUGCUGGACCUUUGAAACACAAGAUAAUUAUCUUGAAGCAGAAAGGAUUGGGGAGCCUAGUAAUGCCAUUCUUGUACGAUGUGAUGUCGUAUUCACAACUUUCACUAGUCAUAACCAAUAUAUUUUUUGUUAGGCAAGGAGAAGCAUGUACUAUUUUUAUAGAGAAUAUUACUGUUACUAUAAAAUGUUAAUAUCAAAGCUGGUUCGUUUGAAAUAAAA